CAGCGAAGACUUUGAAGUUUCAAACUUCCAUCAAGAUCCGAGCCAUUGAUCAGAUUCACGUCGACCAACCAAAUUAACCGAUGGGGAGACCGAAGGCGCAACCGGGAAGUUCCAUUCGACAUUUCAGCCAUCCCCACCCGUUGCAGUUCUCAGCCUCCGACCCUCGAGAUGGCUCAGCUUCUUGUUCAGCCUGCAAGCUCAAGCUCGCGGGUCUACCAUCUUACUCCUGCUUGGCCUGCGCCUUUAACCUCCACGAGAAAUGUGCAGAAAUGCCUCGGAAGAUCAAACACCCUUUCGACGAAAUCCAUCUCCUAACCCUGAUUCCCCUUCCCCGAUACGAAGAAGGACGUUUCAGAUGCGACGCCUGUGGGAAAGACGGAGAUGGCUUUUCUUACCAUUGCGGAGAUUGCGGGAUCGAUCUCCACACUGUCUGCGCCAACAUGCCUUCCCAUGUCUCGAACCAGUCUCACCCUCAGCACGAGCUCCGGCUCACGUUUUCGGUUCCCGACAGCUCGGGGAGCUUCUGCUGCAUGAUAUGCCGAGGUAUGGGUUCGAAUUCAUGGCUGUAUAGGUGCAACGAGUGCGGAUUCAAUGCUCAUUUGAUUUGUGCGAGAAAAAGGGUUCGUCAACAAAGUUCUAAUCCUGCACCGAACGUCAACAACUGCAUCAACCGUCCAAACCCGUCGCCGCAUGCUAAUAUGAAACCUAAUCAUCUUGGCCCAGCAAAUGCAGCAGCAUCAAGAACAGUUAACCAGAUCCUGAGCAAUGUUUUAGCAAGUUCGUCAUCCGAUCCGGAUCCGGAUCCAGAUCAAGAUGCACAUGUUCACGAGGAACAGUGAGUUUAAUAAUUCUAACAUAAGGGUUUGAUCCAAUCUUUCUUUACCAGAUUCUAUCCUUUCAUGUUCUCAGGACAAGAUCUCUUGCUUUUGUUUUAUGUUGUCUUUUACAGUUAUGAAAUAACAUUGAAUCGCUUGUUGUUAAGGAGAUGAGGGUUUGUGGAAGUGAAAUGAGAAGAUGAAUUUGUUUCCUCGUU